AGGGCCUGGGAGGGGCUGAAGAUAUCAAUCCUCGGGAAUGGAAGCGUUCGCGACGUAUUUUAGCUUCGUCUCAUAGCGUCAGCCGAAAUGUCGGAUCACCUCAGUCUGAGGCACGUAAGAAGAAAAGAGUGCUCCAAAAGCGUAAAGCCAGGCAAUAAUUCAUUCAAAAUAUGAGAUAACCAUCCCACAAAGCGAAAGCCUCCAGGACAGUGGGACUAAGUCUGUCCAUUAGUCAGGCCUCAUGAAAUGCGUCAAGAAAAUCAAAGCUCUCAAGUACUCCGGCGACUUGACAGCUCUCAUGGCUGGUCUCUACCGCGUAUAAGGCUGGGCUAAAAUUCAACCUCUGAGACUCUGAACCCUGUUAUGUCGUUUGGUAAGAUUCCUACAAACGCAUCUCUAAACUUCACUGCUGUCAAGAACGGAAACGUCGUCCAAUUCAGAUGUCUUCGAGGUACCGGUCAAUCGAAAGUCAGAGACAGAGACACACUCGGAACACCGCUACUGCAUCUAAGAGACUUUGCAUCUGUGCAAGCGACCGUUUUCAGUAAGAAUCAUUAGUACGUAGCGCUAGAAUUAAGUCUGAGUUGUACAAUCUUCUUGCUGGGAACAGUGCGGAUGCUAGGGGGAUAGUGAAGAUUUCAACAUGUAGAUAUCAUCGCACAUAUACAAGCU